AUGCAUAUUGAGAAGAAUGUUUGCGAUAGUAUCAUUGGUACAUUGCUGGAGAUCCCUGGAAAAAAUAAAGAUAGGAUUGUUGCUCGUUUAGAUUUAUUGAACAUGGGGAGUCAAAACUCAUUUGCAACCCGAGUAUGGACAAAGAUGUACUUGCUUGCCUCCAAGGCCUUGGAAUUUGUCAAGAGCAGAGAAGAGAGUGAUUCAAGACUUCUUGGACUUAAAUCUCAUGAUUGUCAUACCUUGAUGCAACAAUUGCUCCUUGUGACGGUAGAUGUUUCCAAGCUAGACAAGUUGGAAGAAGAUGUAGCAAACCGUACUCCUCCGGAAGGUUGCAUUGUUGAGUGGUAUAUAGCUGAAGAAGCUGUAGAGUUUUGCACCGAGCAUUUAUCUGAUGUUAGUACAGUUGGAGUGCCUUCAAGCCAGAAGAUGGGAGUUUCGAAGCUAUUAUCAGGUUGCAUAGUAAGCUUAGUUGAUCGGGACUUGUUGAACCAAGCACAUUUAUAUGUCUUGGAGAAUACAAAGGAAGUCCUACCUUAUAUCGAAGAACAUAUGAUCCACAUCAAGACCACUUAUCCAAAAUUUAGAAAGAGAACAAAGUGGCUACAAGAUAAGCAAAAUAACACUUUCAUUCAAUGGCUCCACUUUAAGGUUCAAAGUGAACUUAAUGGGGAAGAGCAUAAUGGCGUAUCAGAAAAUUUGAGGUGGCUAGCAGCUGGUCCAAGCAUGGCAGUGCCAUCAUAUAGGAGCUAUCUUAUUAAUGGUGUUAAAUUUAACACCAAGGCACAAGAUGAUGUGCGAACUGUCCAAAAUAGUGGAGUUUAUUUACUUGCACAUACUAUGCAAGUUACUAGUGCCAAGGAUAAAAACCCUAUUGUCUCCAAUAUGAGUUUUUCUGGUGUUAUUUAA